AUGCAGUACCCCGUGCUUCAAAGGCUGGCAACAGCUCGAAACAUGCUGCGCACGCUGCAGUCGUCGCUGCGGCACUCGCAGAGCGUGCGCACGUUGUCUCUUGCUCCAUUGCGUCGUCGCUGUACGCUGAAGUUCUUUCCACGUCCAGACUCUAUCGUGUUGACGCAGUCGCUUUCGUUCCGAUGGCUCGCGACGACAGUUCCCACUGGAAAAGACCUCGACAGAGGAGGAGCAGCUACAGAGGAGAAGAGGGAUAAAGGACCGAAAACGAUCUUGAACACAAAGGACAGCCAGAGUGUGGAAGCGAACAAGCAGGCGGAUAGCAGUGGUGAUCGGGGACACAAACACGAAGACGGUGACAAUCAUGCCGAUGAGCUUUUCCAGACUCUGGCUGUUGAGCCGACGUACCCCGCGCGGAAGCUACGCACAGACGUAAACCAGGCCUAUUUUCCAGGCAAAGUGUACCGCUCUACGUCCCGCGACGUGGUGCUUCGAGCUAUGCUUGGCAAUACACUCAUCACGACGCUCAAGGUGCUGGCGUGGCUCAAGACGGGCUCGAACGCAAUGCUCUCGGAAGCGAUUCACUCGCUUGUGGAUACUGGCAACCAAGCAAUUCUUAUCUUGGGAUUGAAACAGGCAUCGGGCGUGCCGGAUAAAAAGCAUCAGUAUGGAUACGGACGCGCGGCGUACUUUUGGUCGCUUAUCUCGGCGCUCGGCAUUUUCUGGCUAGGCUCUGGUGUGACAGUUGUGCACGGCAUCCAGUCGCUCAUAGAGCCUCCGAAAGAGUUGUUUUUGUCGUGGGAAGUCUGGGGUGUGCUUGCAGCUUCUUUUGGUAUCGACGGAUGGGUGCUAAAGCGGUCGGUGCAAGAACUCAGGGCUUCUCAGCCCCAAGACAUGUCUUUUUACAAGCAUGUGACACGGACGAAAGACCCGUUUAUGAUGGCUGUGCUGCUGGAAGACAUGUCUGCGUGUGUAGGUAUCGUUAUUGCUGGUUGUGGCAUUGGAGCCAGCCACAUUACAGGCAACCCGCUGUGGGAUAGUCUUGCUAGUAUAUCGAUUGGUGUGCUUCUUGGCGGUGUUGCGAUAUCGCUUAUUCGAAUGAACCAGAAGUAUUUAUUGGGUCAGUCAGUGGAACCUGAAAUCGAGAAUGGCAUCCGCAAGCUGCUGCUGGCGCGUCCGUCCAUCGACAAUGUAUAUGCUGUCCAGUCACAGUGGGUCGGACCGUCGACAUUCAGCUACAAGGCUGAAGUCGAUUUCGAUGGAACUUACCUGGCGGCGAAAUUGUUGCGAAUGUACAAGCCAGUAUUCUUGGAGACAAAAGAUUUGGAAAAUGACUUGCCGCUCAUUCUUGCUUGGUACGCGGAGGAUGUGACCCGUCUUGUAGAGAAGGAAGUGCAAGAAGUUGAAGAGGUUAUUCGUGGCAUCUAUCCCGAGGCCGCUUUCAUCGAGCUAGAGCCUGAUAGUAAAGAGUCCGAAAUGCGUGCUGUGUUAAGCAUGCAGACAAAGUCUUCCCGUGUGAGCGAGCGUGAAGCGAUGACGCGAGCAUUGGCUCUCCUCGCACGGACAUUAGAACGAAAGACAACGGGCGUUGACCGUCCUACUAUUACCGGUACAAGUAAAUGA